UUCUGAGCACGGGCUCUCUGUAGCUCUGGACCCCCUGGCAGGACUGAAGCAGGAGCAGAGUGGAGGCUGUUACUAGGACCAGACCACCAUCACCCCUGGAGCCUGCAGGGGUCUCAGGAGUCCAGCAUAGGAGACUGAGAUCAUCCUACUGAAGCACCCACCUCCUUACCUCCACACAGACCCAACCCCAAGACCAAAGAAGGAGCUCCUCGGAGGAAUUCCUUUCUCUAGUCUUCCCAGUCCCUGCCCUUCUGUGAAGAAGGAUUGGCCGGGAACAUGCCGCAGGAUGGUAAGACACCUGGGAGAAGUGGGAAGAACAGGUUGGCGUAAGGAGGGAGGAAAUACCUCAGGGCCCUGCUUCCCUCCACCACUUUCCGUGCCCUUGGCUGGUGUUCUGAGGGAGCCUCAUCCAGUCAUUUCCUUCCUGCUCCACCUUGCUUCCCUUAGGUCACAGGGAUCAGUGUAAGUGGCCUCAAAGCAAAGGCUCACCCAUGAGCCACCUCCCAAAGAAAGUGGGAGCUGGGGAGUUUCAGGGGAGGACUUUCUCUGUGAUGGGAAGCCAGACCCAGAGCAGCCUGAGUAACCCUCCCCAAGAGAGUCCUCCAUGCCACAGGUGGGCUGGGGAGAGGGGAGAUGUGUGGAUGCCUCCUUCUUAUGCCCAGGGAUCAGCAGUGUGAAUCAGCUGGGGGGCCUUUUUGUGAAUGGCCGGCCCCUGCCCCUGGACACCCGGCAGCAGAUUGUGCGGCUGGCAGUCAGCGGGAUGCGGCCCUGUGACAUCUCACGGAGCCUUAAGGUAUCUAAUGGCUGUGUGAGCAAGAUCCUAGCACGUUACUACCGCACAGGUGUCUUGGAGCCCAAGGGGAUUGGGGGAAGCAAGCCACGUCUGGCCACACCCCCUGUGGUGGCUCGAAUUGCCCAGCUAAAGGGUGAGUGCCCUGCCCUCUUUGCUUGGGAGAUCCAACGCCAGCUCUGUGCCGAAGGACUCUGCACCCAGGACAAGACUCCCAGUGUCUCCUCCAUCAAUCGAGUCCUGCGGGCACUACAGGAGGACCAGAGACUGCCCUGGGCACAGCUCAGGUCUCCAGCUGUUUUAACUCCAGUUACUCACACGCCCCAUAGUGGCUCUGAGACUCCCCGGGGUCCCCACCCAGGGACUGGCCACCGGAAUCGGACUAUCUUCUCCCCAGGCCAAGCCGAGGCGCUGGAGAAAGAGUUCCAGCGUGGCCAGUAUCCUGAUUCGGUGGCCCGUGGGAAGCUGGCUGCUGCCACCUCUCUGCCUGAGGACACGGUGAGGGUCUGGUUUUCCAACCGAAGAGCCAAAUGGCGCCGACAAGAGAAGCUCAAGUGGGAGAUGCAGAUUUCAGGUGCUUCCCAGGAUCUGACUCUCCCGAGUGCCUCCCCAGGGACCACCUUUGCACAGCAGUCCCCUGGCAGUGUGCCCACAGCAGUCCCACCUGCCCUGGAAUCCUUGGGUCCCUCCUGCUAUCAGCUGUACUGGGAGACAUCACCAGACAGGUGUCUGAGGGACACCCCACCCCAAGCCUCUCUCAAGCCGUGCUGGGGUUACCUGCCUCCUCAGCCGAGAUCCCUGGAUUCAGUACUGCUCUGCCACCCUUGCCCUUCCUUCCAUUGCCUCCAUUACCAGUCUUGGUGCCCCUUAGACCUUGCUCUGGCCCAGCCCCCCACCCCUGCAAAGCCUGGCACGAGGGAGGAGGGCCAGGCUGGGAAGGAGAUAGGGUGAGGAGGACCUAAUCCUGCCCAAGCAGAUUAUUGCUGCCCCCUCCUUCCUGUGACUCUUUUUCAUCUGUGGACCUGGCCGGGCUCCGCCUCACUGCCUCUCCAAUGCAGCACCGGGGCUGGAGAAACCGUGCCCACCCACUACUCACGCUGACCUUAAAUGGCU